UUUUGAUUCUUCAACACAUAUUUUGACGCAGAGUGCUUUUCCUCUUCUUUUUCUUUUUUUUUUAUAUAUAAAAAAAUUAAACAAAACUUUAGCGAAUUUGUAUUUUCAGUUUGUUGCUUUUUUUUUUAAAUUAAUUAAUUUCAUUGAUUUAUUCUAACCGUUUCCUGACGACGUUUCCAAGACGAGUAUUUGUAAUACUUUUUUUCAGGAAGCAACUUUUUUGACGCCUCAUAUAUAUAGAAAGAAAGAAAAAAAAAAGCACUUACUGGUUUUAGUAGAGGUUUUCUCUUCUUUUAUCGAAAAAGAGUUUUUUGCUGUUUUUCUUUUAUUUUCUUUGAAUUCCUUUUCGUUUUUGUUCCUUUAGAGAAAACAGGAUUUGCUCGUAAUUGAGUAAUUUUUUUGUCAUUUUUCUCGAGUUGACAGGUUUCUUUUUUAAAACUUUUUAGUUUUAUUCUUUUUUAUAAAAAAAGACAAAAAAGAAGAAGAAGAAGAAGAAAUAUUGAUUUAGAUAGUUAUCCAUUUGGCUAUCUUUUUUUGUUUUUGUUUUUGUUAUUUUCUCUUCUGUUUUUUCAUUUUUGCGAUCGGGAUUUGUGGUAAUUCAUAGUCUCGUUGCCUUUAUUUGUUUAAAAAUUGCGGUUGAUCUUGAUUCAGCAGUUUAAAAAUUCUUUUGAUUUUUGCCAUCAGUUUUUUUUUAUCUCCUUCUUCUUUCUCCCUCUAGAUUCAUAUUCCUCAACCAACAACGAAACAAAAACUAAAAAAAUUCUUUUCAAUUCGAAUUGAACAGAUUCCAAACCAAAAGUUCCUUAUUUGAAUUUUGAUCCCUUCGUCCGCCGCGUCCGUCCCGUGUGAUUGAAUUUUACUGAUGUUGUCUCAAUUGAUCCAAAGUACGGCUGAUUCCAUCAGGACAGCCACUCCUCAAGAGGAGGAACGUCUUUGCCCUGUGAUUGACUUUGGUCCUUUCAUUGCCAAUGAACCCGGUGCGCAUGAAAAAAUUGUCAAGGAACUUCGUAAUGCGUGUGAAUCUACAGGCUUUUUCCAAAUCGUCAACCACAGUGUGAGCAAAGACGUGAUUAAAAAUGCCUUUCGUGCCUCCAAGCAUUUCUUUGAACUUCCCUUUGAUGAAAAGCUCAUGCUGAGCAAAGACAUGUUUAGCAACCGUGGUUACGAAUUGCUUCAAGAUUUCGUUUUGGAGGGCGAAGAGGACUCCUCUUUGGAUGGAGUACCUAUUGACGACGAUUUAUCUUUUCCUAGAAGCUCUUCAUUUACACCUUCGUCCCUUGGUUGUCCGAUUCCUUCUGCGCAAUCCCUUUCCACAUAUGCUGAACCUCCCAAUUCGUCUCCGAUUCCCUGGAACACAGGGCUUGUCGAUGACGCUACGCCGACCGAAAACAACAACGCCGCUAUUCAUGAUUCCGCCUGUAUGUCGAAUGAAUUUCGCGAAAGUUUUUAUUUUGGGAAUGACAAUUUGUCGAAAGAACGACUUCUCCGUCCUUUCCAGGGACCGAAUAAAUGGCCUUUGAACACGGGAGCCGGUUUCCGCACUGCUCUUGUCCAGUACCAUAACGACAUGGCAGUCUUUGCCAACCAAGUCAUGUGUUUGUUGGCCGAAUCUCUUGGAUUAUCUGCCGAUGCAUUUGACGAGUUUUGCUCGGAUCCCACGACAGCCAUUCGUCUUUUGCGUUAUCCCUCUUCCUUCAACCGUACCGGUGUGAACGAUCACACGGAUGCGGAUGCUUUGACGCUGAUGGCUCAAGAUGAAGUGCGUGGUUUGCAAAUUCUUGAUCCAGUGACCCAGUCCUUUGUUGCCAUCAGCGCACGUCCCGAUGCCUUGGUUGCCAAUUUGGGUGACAUUAUGGCAAUUUUGACCAACAACCGUUACAAGUCUUCGGUGCACCGUGUUUGCAAUACAAGUGGUCAUGAUCGCUACACAAUUCCUUUCUUUUUGCACGGUAAUAUUGAUUAUGUAGUGGCUCCCUUGCCUGGCUUGGGUCCUUCGACCACGGAACCAAUCGCUGUAGAAGACUUGUUGCGGGAUCAUUUCCAAAACAGCUAUACGUCUCACACAACCACCACAUCUUUAGUUUGUUAAUGCUACUCAUGCAAAAAGGACCCAUCGUUGUUGUGUUUUGCACUUUUCUUCCCCCCUUAAAUACGUUCUGUCCGUUAGAAUGUGUGCUCCCAAUGUCCGAUACUCUUUUGCCGUUUUAAUUCGUCUAUCCAACUAAUGUUACUAUGGAUUCUUACUGUUUCUUGUUUUUUAAUUAAUUAUUAUUAUUAUUAUUAUUAUAAUUAUCUUUGUCCUUUCUAAGAAUCCCGGCAUCCUCCUUUUCCCAUUUCUUCCUACGGACAGAAGAAGGCAUACAUACACAUACACACAUCUUUGAGCUUUAUGAAUUUACCACUGACUGGUAUAAAUUGGUAGGGCUUCCAACGUUUUAUUCACUUUGUGCUGCUGCGUACACGAUGCGAUAUGAUGAUAUUAUUAUUAAUUUCUUUUUUUUUUAUAUAUCUUUCUUUUCUUUCUUUUUUCGUCCCUUGUAAAAGAAAGAAAAGGGACGAGUGCUAAUUGUUGCUUUCAACUUUGAUGUUUCCCCUUUGUAUAUAGAACGUUCUUUUCUUUUCUUUUCUUUUUUGUUUAUGUUUUUCCUUAUUUUGUUAUUCCUAUCCCUAAAUACCUAUUUGAUAUUAGUUUUGCUAGUCAUGAAAUGAAUUAGUUUAUUAUUAACAAGUAAAUGUUGCUCAGAUCUUUGACGAACUAAAUCAAUAAGACAUUUGCAUAAUAAUCAUGGAUUGUUUUGUAGAGACACACGCAUAUACAG